AUGCGACGGGGCGUGGCCCUUGGUGUGGCUCUCGAGCCCCCUUGGACGUCAACCUCAAUGUCUGCUGAUGCCCAGCAACUUGAUGCUGGAAGCACCAAGGCACUGCAGAAGAAUAAGCUGCUUCGGCCAAGGUUUUUCAGGGUCCCACAAAGCCCACGUUUUCGAACUCUUUACCAUCUGCGAUGCACUGCGAUGCAGGAAGAAGCCCCGAGUACCACAAUCCCGGCCUCCCGGCCGAAACGAUGUUUCUCUAUUGUCAUGACUUGGGAAAACUCUCAUGGCCGAGCCGCUACAGACUCGAUAAGCCCAGAUUGGGUUUCUUCCUCAAUUGGCCUGGCUCCGACAAUUCUUCCUUUUGGACCGAUGGAAGAUGGAAGAUGGAAGAACAAUGGACAGAGAUGUGAACGGCCCAGCCUUCUGCAGCCGACGUCUCAUCUCUGGUUCCUGCUGGUCAAGCAAAACCGUUUUCUCACUCACAUCCUGGUGCGUUCCCGCGCUUGGCCAAGAGUUCUCGGACGCCUGCAGAAGCCUGCCUGGCCCAUGCCAUGCCGCCCCCAUCCCCUCCCCUUCCUUUCAUGA